UCGACCAAUUCAAUAACCCACAACCUUGUCCUUUCCGUCCUUCCCGUUCUUCGACGUUUCCUUGUGCAGUGACGUGGCCUUUCGUUAAGAUAUUUCUCCUGGACUCUUAUAUAUAUUCCACAUUGGAAGAAUCCCUCCGCCUUGCCUCGUCUCCAACUCCUUUUCUAUGUACCGCGGACUUGGCCUCCCUCCCCCUAACUCCGUAGUUUCCUUUUCUCCACCCCGGAACUCCACUUUCCAUGGAUCCCUCCGGCAUGCCGAGGCCCUCCCCACGCCGCGAGCUCCAAGGCCCACGGCCCACUCCCCUCAAAGUCCGCAAAGACUCCUACAAGAUCAAGAAGCCACCGCCGGCCCCCGCCGGCCCCUCCCACACGGCAGCAGCGGCGGCGGCGGCGGCGGCGCCCCACCACCGCCCACCGGUCAUCAUCUACACCGUAUCCCCGAAAAUCAUCCACACCAAGCCCAGCGACUUCAUGAACCUGGUCCAACGCCUCACCGGGCCGGACUCCUCCGCCGACGCCUCCCUCCCGUCGCCAUCCUACGGUAGCGGCGCGCUCUCCCCCGCCGCCCGGCUCGCCACGUUCGAGAAGUCGGCCCACUCGCCCCACGGCGAUCGGACUCGGAGCUCGGCCCUCGAUGUCGCGGCCCAGUUUGACAUGGAUGUUGGUGGCCCGGUGGUUGACCGGGCCGGUUCCUUCCCGGGGAUACUAUCGCCGGUGCCGGCGUCCCUUCCGCCGAUAUCGCCCGGCUUCUUCUCGCCGAUAACGUCAUUCGACACGACUUCUUUGAGCUUCUUGCAAGAAUUGAGCCCAAUUUUUUCAGCCAACAGAAGCUUCGUGGAUGGUGGUGCAACCACCAUCUUGCCGAGUCCUAACAACUUCUUAUCAACUCCUACCGUCCCAUCUCCAGGCUCUUUCUGGGAACUCCUCAGCCAAUUUCCAGAUUUCUAGUUCAAGAUUUCAGGAAACAAAGUUGUGACCGGAAUCAAAGAUGGUGGUGCAGUUGAGAGGACAUUGAUGGGCCAUUAUGGUGGUGGGCCACGUGAUAGCUACUCCUCCAAUAGCGGCCAGGCCGGCCUUUGCAUCUCUUGGUCCAAACCGAUAGGUAAGCAUUGUCGUUGCCUUUGAUGCGUCUAGACUCGAUAGGGGAUUUGAUUUCAUUUGCCUGACCACCGCUGGAUGAGAGUUGGAUGGUGGUCAGUCCUUGGACCAUCCAUAGGGUAGCCCAAGACUUUGUAUCCAUUUAUUUAUUCUUUCUUCUUAACAAAGUCUUCCUGUUUGCAAAUGAAAGGAAAAAAAAUAUUCACAUCAUCCUCGUUACCAUCAAA